GUAACAUAUCAUACAGAUAAACACACAACUCUUAAACAUACUCUAUUCCAACAUGUCUCCAAUUACCAACAAUCAAGCAGCAUGGAUUCCCACAGCGAAAGGUCAAGUAAAAGUCGGGCCAGGGCCAGUACCUAGCCCCAAAGACAACGAAGUAGUCAUCGAAGUAGCCUAUGCAGCUGUCAACCCAGUCGACUGGAAGCUGCAAGACAUGGCCUUUCACAACUUGACCUAUCCCUGGAUCUUCGGUAUCGACGUCUCUGGAACCAUUGUCCAACUUGGAUCCGGUGUAAGCCGUUUUCAGAUUGGACAGCGGGUUAUGGGUCUAUGCGAUGGGAUGAUCACAGGAGUCGUCCAAAAGACCGCAUUCCAACGCUACGCUACUUGUAGCGAGAUUUUCGUUUCUGCGGUUCCGGAUGAUAUUCCAUUGGCAAAUGCAGCAGUCCUUCCUCUUGCUACCUCCACCGCUGCUACGGGACUUUUCAAAAUCUUGGGAAUGCCACUCCCGGUGCUGGACCCAAAGCCGGCGGGAAAGACGAUUUUGAUCUGGGGUGGAAGUUCGAGUUGUGGUGCAUCAGCUAUUCAAUUGGCUAAAGCAGCUGGCUACACUGUUGCCACUACCGCUGGUACCCAAAACCACGACUUCGUCAAAAGUCUCGGCGCAACCCAUGUUUUUGAUCAUAAAUCACCUACCGUCAUGCAAGACAUCCUUAAACUUCUUCAAACUGGUGAUGCCGUAUUCGACUGCAUCGCUGAAGCUACCACACAACAAGCUUGUGCCGAAAUUGCCGAUAAAGUUGGCCUCAGUAAAUUUGCUAGUUUGUUACCUCCGGAAUCAACUGAGUAUAAUUCUGAGCCUAUUUGGGUGAAUGGUUUUGAUAUAGGACUUGUAGAUCUCGAUAUUGGGGACGCAGUAUUUCGCAAAUACGUGCCGGAGGCAUUGGCCAAGGGAAAGUACUUGCCCAAGCCAGACCCAGAAGUUCUUAGAGGCGGAUUGGAGAGAGUGCAGGAUGGGUUGAAUCUUCUUAGGAAGGGUGUAUCGGCAAAGAAAGUUGUUAUAGAAAUUGCGAAGGAGGCAUGAUGCUUGGAUACUUCAUUCUUGAGUUUACCGAGCAGUUUA